GGAGGGCAGGCGCAGUGCUCUCCUGCUUCGUUCCAGGCUCCUCACAGGGAUUCUGCAAGCUUGUCGUGAUCAGCUGAGAGGCAAACCCAAAGAACUGGCUCUGAGCUUUGCCAAGCUCUAGAGGAAAAACAGCUUCUGUUCGUCAAGGUCAGGAAGACAAUCUUUAAAAGAUGCUUAGAGGAUAUCCUGCAUAUGCAAAAUCUCCAUGGCAAACAGAAAGAAUCCCAAAGAUGUUUGCAGUAUGGAUCACUACUCUUUUUCUUCUCAAUGCAGCCAGAGGAAGGGAAGUUUGCUACAAAAGGCUUGGAUGCUUUACAGAUAGCCCCCCUUGGUCUGGGAUCCCAGGGAGACAACUGGCAGGCUUGCCCAGCUCUCCAGAAGAUGUGAACACAAAAUUCCUUCUUUACACUAGAGACAACAUCAUGAAAUAUCAAAAAAUUUCUGCUACAAAUCCUUCAACUAUCAAAGCUUCAAAUUUCCGAACACACAGGAAAACUCGCUUCAUUAUACAUGGCCAUCUUGCUGGAGCGGACCUCCCCUGGAUAACAAAUAUAUGCAGGUUCAUGUUUCACACUGAAGACGUGAACUGCAUUUUGACCGACUGGAGAGGUGGCUCUAGUGGCUUGUACACUGAAGCAGUUAACAACGUCCGCAUUGUAGGGGCUGAGCUGGUAUAUCUGGUGAACCUUCUUGAGAAAGACUAUGGCUACUCUCCUGCCAACAUUCAUUUCAUCGGCCAUAGUCUUGGAGCACAUGCUGCAGGGGAGGCAGGGAGAAGGAAACCUGGCAUUGGAAGAAUAACAGGUUUGGAUCCAGCUGGGCCCCUCUUCCAGUAUACUCCCACAACAGUUAGGCUGGAUCCUUCAGAUGCAAAAUUUGUUGAUAUAAUUCAUACUCAUGCUGGUCAUCUUUUCUUUGACUUUGCUCCAGGAAUUCUCCAGACUUGUGGCCACCUGGAUUUUUACCCAAAUGGUGGGAAGAAGAUGCCAGGAUGCAAGCAGCUUCGUGUACCUCCUGCAACUCGGAAUAUCAAUGACCUUAUGAGAGAAUAUAGAUCUAUUGGAUGUGGACAUAAAAGAAGUCUCCGGUAUUAUGCCGAGAGUAUUAUCACUCCGAAUGGAUUUGUUGGGUAUCGGUGUGAAACAUACAGAGCUUUUGUAUUGGGAGACUGCUUCCCAUGUCCGAAGGAAGGAUGCCCACUGAUGGGUCAUUAUGCUGAUAAGUUUUUACAUAAAACUGAAAAGGAACAGCAAAAGGUUUAUUUAAACACAGGGCCCUCCCCUCCAUAUGCUCGCUGGCGAAAAAAGAUAUGUGUCAGAGUAUCUGCAACAGAAACCAUGAAGGGAAAUAUAGAUGUAGCCUUGACUGGAACUAAUGGGAUCAGGAAAAAAUACACAAUUGACAAGGGAACUUUCAAACCGGGCAACACAUACUUGAACUAUAUUGAUACAGAAAUUUCUGGGAACAUUUCAAAAGUUGAAUUUCUCUGGAAAAAGCAUCCAGGUCAUGUACACAGAGGCUGCAUGGGAGCUGAAGAAGUCACAAUAGUCUCUGGGGAAAACGGAAACGUGUCUGUGUUCUGUGGCUGUGGAACCGUGCGGCCGAGCACGUGGCAAGCCCUGGCACUUUGCUGAGGCUUGGCAAGGAAUGCAGUGGUUGUCCACUGUGGCAACCCUCGCCGUCUGGAAGAGGACACUUCUCCAGUCAGCGCCAAACUAUCAACAAGGCUCCUUCAAUAGAUUAUGAAAAAUUUGCCCAGCCCACUGCAAAAGCUCUAUUUCCAAAUCAGUGUUGUCAAACUUUUUUCAUAUAGGGGAGUUACACUUCUGUGAAUUCCAGUUACAAUGACAGCUAACGUAUUUUACUAGUGACACACACAUGCACUGUGGUUAUAUUUCACAGUCAAGGGGGGAAAUAAUAAAACAGGAAAAAAAAAGUUCUAGCCAAUUCCUCUUUGAAAUACAUUUAAUUAUCUUAGGAGGAUCAUCCAAAAAGAAGCAACAAGAAGAAAAAAAAAAAAACGGAAGAAAGUUGAAAAAAAAGAAAGAAGAAAGAAGAAAAAAAAAAGAAAAAAAAAGAAAACAAGGGAGGGUGGGGAGAGAAGAAAAAAGAAGUAUAGACAGCCAAAUUCCUUAAUAGUGCCUACUUACUUGUUCAGGAAAAGGACACCUACAUGCUUUCAGAAGCAUCUGAUUGUUUCUAUGUCAGGAGUCUGAGGAAUAAUUUUAAAUAUAAAAAUAAUCACAGUUUGAAUGGCGUUGCCUGACCUGUCCUUCCUUCCUGAAGAACAUUUAAACAACAUUUUAGCAGCACAUCCAAAAGACUACUUAGGAGGUGGGACUGCAUAUGGAGUUGUUCAGUAGACCUUGAGAAACUCUACCAUCAAUGUUCACCAUGUGUCAAGCAGGACAGCUGAUUGUACAGCAAAAUGUUUGUUUGCUGCCUUUUUCCUGGGGAAGAACUCACUGAUAUGCUCUAUUCAGCUCUGCCGCCCAGUGGGUGAGCUGGGACUCUUUCUCUAUACCUGAAACAGGCAUCUUCUUUAUCAAAACUAUGUUGCGCUAUUGAGGAUCUUCAAUUUUCUGGCAGCCUUCAAAGUAACUGUUUUCUCUUUACUGGUGAAGCUGAAUUUUCCACCUCUAUCUUGCCUUUCUGAAGCCGCUGAAGUCGGGCCUGAGCUGCAUUAUUUGCAUCACUAUGUAGCAUUGCCCACCCCAACUCUGGCAGCAUUUUCAUUAUAUUGGUUAACAAAACCAGACCACUAAGAGUAAUCAGCAUCAGCCAAAAUAAGCUAAGAUUGUUUCUGUUUCAAUACAAGCUACAAAAAUCCUUUCGUUUUUUAAUUGCCCACUGUGGUGGGCUAAUUUUUAAAUCUAAUGUGAGGUUCAUCAUUUGGGUGCAGAAAUCCUGCGUGUGAAUCACAUUGGGCAACUCUGUUCUGUCCCACCCUAACAACUAGCUAUUUCAGAAUACUUCCAGUGAGGUUUACCAGAAGGUGUUAAUGAUAUGCAUUACACCAGGCUAAAUGUGAGUGAUGAACAGGUGUGUUUCAAAUUAUGCAGCAAUAAUUCUGAGACGUCAGAAUCCAAUCACCUCUUACGAAGUUUGCCACAGGAGCUUGCUUAGGAGGUUUGCAGCAAAGUUGACAAAUCAGCUGUCUACCUUCUCAGACUCACUGCUUCAGUACCCUUACCAUCUCCACCCGUGCGGAGUAGGAUCCAGAAACCAUCCCGAGCAGGGAACUCAUCCUCCUCUACCCCUUAGGGAAACUCCUUAGGCAAGACCCUCUUCUUGCAUUAAGUAGGGACUCCCCUCUUCUGCACUUCCCUGGACAAGUA